AUGCGAAACCGCAUGGAAGCUGGGUGGUUCUACUCCCCAAGACAGAUUGUGCGGUAUCUUGCAACACGGCCCUCGAGUCUUAAACCCCCCAAGACGAGAUUUAGCAAUCCCAUUACAGUUUUCCGAGAGCUCAACCGCCAUCAAUGGCUUAUGUUUGUAUGUGGGUUUGUUGCGUGGGUAUGGGAUGCGUUUGAUUAUUUCACUGUCUCUAUGACGAUUACCGAAAUUGCUGAAGAGUUUGGAGUUGCAAACUCUAAAGUCACAUGGGGAAUUACCGUUAGUCUGAUGCUUCGCUCUGUAGGGGCCCUUAUUUUUGGAGCAUUUGCGGACAGAUAUGGACGCAAGUGGCCCAUGAUAAUCGAUCUAGGUUUAAUCAGUAUUCUGGAGUUGGCCUCGGGAUUUUGCCAAACAUUACCGCAAUUCUUAGGCGUUAGGUCUCUAUUUGGCAUCGCGAUGGGUGGUAUGUUUGGACCAGCAGCGAGUACUGCGCUCGAAGACCUACCGUAUGAGUCCCGCGGGAUUCUCUCGGGCCUCUUUCAAAACGGAUACUCUACUGGGUAUCUCCUCGCUGCGAUAUUCUACCGAGCCCUUGUACCAACUACCUCUCACGGCUGGAGAACUUUGUUCUGGUUCGCCUCUGGUCCCCCCGUGUUGAUCAUUAUUUUCAGAUGGUUCCUACCCGAGACAAACCAUUUCCAAAUAACAAAGGCCGAGCGCGAAACUAGGACAGUGACAAUAAUCACAGAACAAGAUAAGGGAACUUCUUACCAGAUAGAAAAAUUUGGCGGCCUGCGAGCUUUUUGGGAGCAGGCGGUCGCCGCUCUGAAACUCCACUGGGUUCUGCUUCUCUAUAUGGUCAUCCUCAUGACCGGGUUUAAUUCUUGCUCACACGGUAGCCAAGAUUUUUAUCCAACCUAUUUGAAAGACCAGGUCGAGUUUGGGGCAACUGACGUUACUGUGAUUUCGGUCGUGGGACAACUGGGAUCUAUUGCUGGCGGUACAACGCUUGGCUAUGUCAGCUCCUUUUCCGGAAGACGAUCCAUCAUGCUUCUUGCAUGUGUAUUCGGAGGGGCCCUUGUGCCAGCGUACAUUAUCCCACGCCAUAUGUCGCUCAUUGCAGCAGUGUUCUUUGAGCAGUUUUUUGUUGGUGGUGUCUGGGGCCCAAUUCCAAUUCACCUGAUGGAGCUGUCGCCGGAUGCUCUGCGGACCAUGGUGCUGGGCUUGACAUAUCAACUUGGCAACCUGGCAUCAUCGGCCAGCGCCACCAUUCAGGCGGUUAUCGGCGAGCGUUUCCCAUUACCCCCUGGUCCGUCUGGAGAAGACAGGUUUGACUAUGGCAAGGUCAUUGCUAUUUUCCUUGGUGCUGUUUGGGUUUAUUUAUUCAUAUUUAUCUUCCUUGGACCGGAAAUGUCACAGGAAGAGCGAGAUAAGAUUGCCGAGGAGUCUCGCUACCUGGAGCAGAUGCGUCUGGACGGCACUAGUAUGGUCGAUAUUGGAAACAAACGAGUAGCAAUGGACGAACGUAAAGCGGCCAGGGUGGCAGAGGGAGGGGUCUAA